AGAAAACAGAGACCCUUACCUGAGUACAAGAAGUGAGGAGUGAGAGAAACAGUCCUCACUCUCUUCUCCACUCAUCAAGCCAUAUUCAAAGCCUAAUUUACUUUCAUUAACACUCUCAUCUUCUCAAUCAUGCACCAGAGCAAAGCAACCCUUAGCUCCAUUAAACAACAACAAAACUAGUACAUUGUACUAGAGAGAGUGAGUGUUCUGCUUCUUGACCCCCAAAAAAUGCUGCACACAAGCUGCAUUUUCUUGAUCUGUCUCCUGAGCUCAUUUUCUCCACUUGGCACUGCAAUGCUCAACCUAACUCUGCCUGGUCAGCACCCAAACCCUGAUUCUGUUGUCCAAGAUGUCCAGAGACGAGUGAAUGUAUCACUAUCAAGAAGACAAAUGCUGUCCUACACUGACGACGACCAAUCAAGCAAUUGCAUGACUGGUAACCCCAUUGACGAUUGCUGGCGUUGCAACCCUAAUUGGCAUCUCAACCGCCAACGACUUGCCGACUGUGGCAUCGGUUUUGGCCAGCACGCCCUCGGCGGCAAAGGCGGCCGAUUUUACGUCGUCACCGACUCCUCUGACCACGAUGCCGUUACUCCCCGCCCCGGUACCCUCCGGUAUGCCGUCAUCCAAGAUGAACCCUUAUGGAUUGUCUUCUCCGCUAACAUGCUUAUUCGCCUAUCUCAGGAACUCAUCUUCAACUCCUACAAAACCCUAGAUGGCCGCGGCGCCAAUGUCCACAUCAUCGGCGGCGGAUGCAUCACCCUCCAAUACAUCACCAACAUCAUCAUCCACAACAUCCACAUCCACCAUUGCUACCAAUCUGGCGAAGCCAACGUCCGCUCAAGCCCCACGCACUUCGGGUGGAGAACCAUGUCGGACGGGGAUGGAAUUUCCAUUUUCGGGGCACGAGACAUAUGGAUCGAUCACUGCUCGCUCUCACACUGCAAGGACGGCCUGAUUGAUGCCAUAAUGGGGUCAACAGCGAUCACGAUAUCGAACAAUUUUUUCUCACACCAUAACGAGGUGAUGUUGUUGGGGCACAGCGACGAGUACUUGCCGGACUCAGGAAUGCAGGUGACGAUAGCGUUUAAUCAUUUCGGGAAGAAGUUGAUACAGAGGAUGCCGAGGUGUAGAAGAGGUUAUAUUCAUGUUGUCAACAAUGAUUUUACACGAUGGGAGAUGUAUGCCAUUGGAGGGAGUGGGAAUCCUACUAUUAAUAGCCAGGGAAAUCGAUACAUUGCUCCUGGCAAUCCUUUUGCUAAAGAGGUAACGAAGAGGGUGGAGACAGAUGAGGAGAAAUGGAGAGAAUGGAAUUGGAGGAGUGAUGGGGAUGUUAUGGUCAAUGGUGCCUACUUUGUUGCCUCUGGUGCUGGUGUUGAGGUCAAGUACGAGAAGGCCUACAGUGUCGAGCCCAAGUCUGCUUCCUUCAUCGACCAGAUCACCAUGAACGCUGGUGUUCUCGGUAGCAGGAGCAACAAGCUGGGCAAAUGGACUGCAGGAAACAGCGGUGGCGGUGGUGAUGGGAUGAUUUUAGAGUCCGGCACUGAUGAAGACAACUCUGACAAUACGAUAAACAGCGAUGCACCGCCGCCGCCAGUGGCUGCCCCUAAUUCCUUUCUCUUCUCUGUUCUAAUGGCCUUGUCAUCCUCUCUAUUUUUGUAUGUCACCACCACAUCUGUCAUAUUGUAAUAUGAAAUCAAAAUGAUGUGCUUAUUAUCCUUCAUUUUCCAAUCUCAACCAACUGAUCUCUCUAUUAACUGCAAUGCCCCAGUUUGCUUUUCUUUUUUCUUCUUCUAA